AUGGCGGCGCCAUUGAAACGAUUGUGUCAUCAGGCGGCACGAACGACAUCAAGACACACGCGUACACGAUCGAUACGACCUUCCUUCAUCCCCGACUCGCAAUGCCAGGCCUCGCAACAACGUUGCUACCAGUCAUCCCGUCCGUCUUCGGCGGCAACACAAUUAGACGAGAUCGAUGAAGAUGACUUCGACGGAUAUCUGGAAGCAUUGGACGAGAAACUACCGGACGAGGGCCUUUUGCCAUCAAUGGCACACGCCGAACUCGAACAGCAUCGCGAGCUGCGAGAAAUGGUCCGACUUGCCGCCUGGGAAAUGCCAUUACUCUCACAACUAGCGCAACCGUAUGAGAAGCCAGACAAAGCAAAGCUCCCUCUGAAAUGGCGAUACACAACCUAUUUCAGCGAGCAACACCCGGCGAGCAGGAAAGUGGUCUGCGAAUUUAGAAUCUCUGACAUUUCCCAACUGGCUUUCGCCAAAGACGAGGAGACGCGAGAGAGACAAAUUUUGAAGCUCAAGAAACUCUGCGGAGCACGACUCAACCCACAAUCCUCUUCCGUGAAGAUGAGCUGCGAAAGUUUCGAGACGCAGGCACAGAAUAAGAGAUAUUUGGCGGAUACUAUCAACAAGCUUAUCGCGGAGGCGAAAGAUCUGGAGAGUGGAGAUAAUUUUGAGGAUGUACCGUUGGAUACGAGACAUCAUAAGCGAAAGGUUAGGUUGCGGUUUCCGAAGGAGUGGAAGAUGACGGAAGAGAAGAGGAUGGCGUUGGAGGCGAAGAGAAAUCCUCCGGCGCCGCCUGCGGAGCUGGAAGCGGGCGAGGGAGUGGAGGAGGAUGGUAUGCAGGCUGAGCAGGCGUCGGCUUUUCUGUCUGAGGAUAUUGAAGAUUUGGAGGAGGAGGAAGAACCUUUUAUGGUGCAGGCUAGACAGCCGCGGCAGACAGGCAAUACGGGGCAGAACGGACGAUAGGCCUGAAGGCGUGAAUGUACAGAUGUUCGAAGAUCAAGCAGUUGUGUGACUGGUCUAUUGAUGUUGAGUUCGGCAUGCUAGUGCGCCAAAAGACUUACUUCGGACAAGCGACGCCUGCCACCUGAGCACUGGUGAGAAGCCAGUGACACCUCGCUGGCAACCUUGCGACCAGGUACUAGCACAAUAUCAUGAUGCAUAAUUGGCCUUUUUUUGCUUGAACUUCGCAUGUGACAGUACCUAGGAGCAACUGAAGGUCAAUCAAGUGAAUAGCGAACCACUUUCAGUACAAAGUGAAUCAAUAGCAUGUGAUCCGGCCUGAAGUGAGGUUGACUCCGAGGUCCGCACGU